AUGGGAGCAACGGAUAGUAAAUUGGCCUUUCGUAAGGGCGUAUUUAGGUUAUUUGAAGAGCGAAAUAUUGAUGCUUCUGAUGAAUAUUGGUCACAGUUUUGGGAUCUCCCAGAGUCUGCUGACGAUGUAUUUUCACUUGUGGGUGCGCAAGACAUUCGACGCGCAAGAGAUCAAGCGAGGGAAAAUAUUGAGACACUAAUACAUAAGAUUACCGAUCAGAUUUGUCAUAUUAUGAGGGCACCUGAUUUUCCCUCCCCUCAAAAUUCUACAUUACAACUUCUCAAUUGUAUUAGGCUCCUUACACGUGUUAUGCCAUUUAUUUUUGAAUCAGAAGAAUUAGAAGAUUGGGAGAAUGAGUUCUUUUGGACACCAACAAAGAACAUCAAGAAAAACAUAAAACCAGAGAACACCGGUGAUAUCCAAAGUGCUUCAAAAGAGGUGGGUGAUAGAAUUAUUACUGAAAAUUCAGAAAGGGAUGCAAUUCAGGAAUCCUCUACCCAAAAUCGGACUAGUUCCGAAUCUUAUGAAACAAUACCGCCCCUUGGGGAACGCCUUUUGUCCGCGUUAAUCGACCUAUUAUUUUUGACAGGUUUCACAUUACCAAUAAAUCUCGCGAGUGAAACUUCUCGCGUCGUUUAUGUUAAUUGGGAAACAGGUGUCGGAUCUACUAUACCAAUUGGAUCGUCAAAAGAAAAUGAUACUAAUAAAACGGAAACAUUAAGACUCCUUCUUGCACUUGUUUCAAAGUCAAUGUACAUGCCAGGAGCAACCUUUAUUUCAAAAGAAAAUAAAUGGAUCAAAUUCUUGGUUCUUAAAUUGGAACGAAAGGUUGUUCUUGCAUUACUCUGCAGCUUGCUUAACACCACUGUGAAAUACAAUCCUGCUGGCUGGGGAGUACCUUACAACCACAUGGUUUUUGCAGAUCCACGGGAAAUUCUCGUGACUCUCUGUUUACAGGUUUUAUUAGUCUUAUUAGACUAUCGUUCCCCGUCAAAUAGGGUAGAUACUAUCUUUGCUGGCACUAAUGAUCCAGGAGAACAUAAUAGAUUGUCAUCCGCUGGCACUAAUGAUCCAGGAGAACAUAAUAGAUUGUCAUCCGCUGGCACUAAUGAUCCAGAAGAACAUAAUAGAUUGUCAUCCGCUGGCACAAUAGAAAACAAUGAAGAACCUGCUUCGGCUACUUCACCGAAAAAUUCAUUAGGAGAACCUUAUACAACUCAAGGGGUGCAUAAUGAUGCUACAAAUCUGAAUACAAAUCCUCAAAAAUCACAUUUGCCUCCAAAUGUAGACAAUGCAUUUAGACAUUAUGCUUCAAAAUUACAUCGGUCUCAAGAUUUUCAGUUUCUUAUGGAUGGGAUAUAUCGUAUUCUAAGUAAUCCGAUGCAGGCGAAUAACACAUACUUACCGGGAUCUACCAAGCAAAUCCGAUGCCACCAGGAAAUGUUAAUGCUUUUAUGGAAAUUUUUGGAGAUUAAUAAAAGAUUUCGAAAUUACUUACUGGAAACUGAUAGAGUUCUGGACGUUUUAAUUGUUUUGCUGUAUUAUUCCAUGGAAAAUAAACAUGAUCAAGCGCAACUUGGAUUUGUGCGUAUGUGUGCUUUUAUUCUGCAAACGCUAUCGGCAGAUCGUAACUUUGGCAUGAAGCUGAACAAGCAAUUUGAAGGCCAUGGAUCACUUCCUUCGACCGUUCGAAUUUCUGCAUUUAAUGCUGGCACUUAUGCUGACUAUAUGAUCAUUUCAAUAUAUGCACUUAUAGCAACAACGCGCGGAACAUUACAUCCGCUUUAUCCUGCAUUUGUGCUGACAAUCACAAAUGUGUCCCCAUAUUUGAAGAACUUGUCUGUUACUUCAUCAGUAAAAUUAGUUCAACUUUUUUCAUCUUUCUCAUCACCAGGGUUUUUGCUAUCUGAUGAAGGAAAUCAUCGAUUGGUGGGAUAUAUGUUAGAGGCUUUUAAUAACAUUAUCCAAUAUCAAUUUUCUGACAAUCCGCAUGUUGUUUAUGCAAUCGUUUGUAACCCAAAGAAGUUUGAAGAAUUGUUCGACUUUACACUUUUGAAAGGUUUAGCUGAGAUUAAAAGACAACAAUCUGUUAAAGAAAAACGUAAAAAACAGGUGCACAAUACUUCCAUGAAUAAAUCUGAAUCAUCAUUAGAUAGAAAAAGUAUGCAUGAUGAAUCGGCUUCACAACCACAGACGGAUACAGAAAGUAUGUCCAGUAAUAAAAAGGACGAGGAACAUGAGUCAGAAUCAGACGAAAAAACAGAAUUGUUAAAUGUACCUUCAGUAGAUGAACAUGAGGAGUCAACGCAUUUAUCUGAAAAAGCUCGUGGUAAAUUGCCGGAGGGUGUCACAGCAGCAAGUAGGCAAUGUAGUAGCAUGGACAGCUCUCAAAACAAUGAAACUAAUAGUAAUAAUAUUAUAACACCUUUUGCUGUUGGAAAGUCAGGUUUUAUCCCAACUGAAGACUGGGUAUCUUCUUGGCAUCCACAAUUGCCAUUUGGAACAAUUCGAGUCCUUCUUAGUGAAUUAGUUCCUAAAGUUAAAUCCAUGUGUGCUUCACAAUCGAUCACUACUGAUCAGGGUGUAUUAGAAUUUCUUCGAACUACUUCCUUAAUCGGAAUAUUAUCACCUCCGCAAUCCCUUUUCAUUCGUAAAUUCCAAUGGUCAGAGGCGAGCGUAGUUUGGUUUGCGAGUAUGUUGUGGGCACAAGUAUAUUUAGCAUCGUUAAGCCAUCUAGGAAUAUUCAACGGAACUAAUGUGAAGCUGUUUUUGGUUAAGCCAUCUACGAAAGAAGGACAGAGACUUAAAAACGCGAUUGGAAGUGCUGUUAGUGAGGGUGUUCAAGGUGUAUUUGAUCGCUUGGCAUCAAAUAAUACUAAUUCUAAUGUGUCGAACAGUACAACUGUUAAUACCAAUACUACUGAUAAUAAUGCGCCAUGA